UCCAACAACGACCAACCGGUCUGCACAAAUUGCAAAGAUUUCCAGUAUGUAGGUAGAUUCUGCUUAUGGCGCACAUUUAGUGGUGUACACUGUACCUAACAUUCUAAAAAGAAGUAGUUCGACUUUAGUUCAAGUAUUUUGUAUGUGUAUAUAAUUUAACACACACACAUACACACCAUAUCAGAGAGAGAGAGAGAGAGAGAGAUGAGUUCAAUGGGGUGGUCUUUUCAGGCAUAUUGGAUGAACCUCAUCCUCAUAUCAGUUUUCAUCAUCCCGCAUGUACUUGGUUGCUUCAAUUCGGUCAUCAGCUUUGGAGAUUCACUUACGGAUACAGGCAACUUAUACAACAGCUCCCCUAACAGAUCUCUCCACUACUUCCAACCGCCAUAUGGGGAGACCUACUUUCAUCAUCCCACGGGACGAUGCUCGGAUGGUCGUUUAAUCAUAGACUUCAUUGCUCAGUUUCUGGGGCUUCCUCUAGUACCACCUUUUCUUCAAAACCUGAACAGUAAUCAAAGUGUCCAAAACUUUGAAGCUGGUGUGAAUUUUGCAGUAAUAGGAGCCACGGGGCUCGAUGCAUCCUUUCUUGCAACAAUGGAAAUUCAUAGUCCAAGUACCAACAACUCUCUAAGAAUUCAACUGGAGUGGUUCAAACAAAUGCUGCCAUCUUUAUGCAACACAUCUUUAGACUGCAAGAAAUUCCUUUCAACUUCUCUAAUUCUAAUGGGAUCGAUUGGAUGCAACGAUUACAACGAUGGAUUGCUUGGAGGAAAAAGUAUAGAACUGGUUCGAUCAUAUUUACCAUUAGUGAUAGAAGCAAUUGCUUCAACCAUCAAUGAGUUAAUCGAGCUCGGGGCAGCAACAAUUUUGGUACCAGGCAACAAUCCAAUUGGUUGCCUUCCUGCUUAUCUAUCAAAAUUUGAGACUUCAGAUAAGAACCAAUAUGACCCUUCGACUGGCUGCCUAAAAUGGUUAAACGAGUUUGCUCAGUACCACAAUGAGCAGCUUCAGAUCGAACUAAGUCGGAUUCGAAGGCUUCAUCCUCAGGUCACUAUCGUUUAUGCAGAUUAUUACAAUGCCCUGCUGCAAUUAUAUCAAUCUCCACACCAGUUUGGAUUUACUGGGGAGACUAGCAAAGCAUGCUGUGGAGGAGGAGGGCCAUACAACUUCAACCCAUCCCUACAAUGUGGGAAUGCAGGGGCAACUGUUUGUGAGAACCCUUCACAGUUUAUCAACUGGGAUGGCAUGCACUCUACUGAAGCAGCAUACAGGUUGAUGACCAAGGCUUUACUACAAGGAAAUUACACCUUUCCACGCCUUGCCUCCUUGUGUGUUUCACAAAUGUGACUCAGAGACAAGAGAAUACUUGUGUGCAACGGACUCAAGAGACAGUUACCAAUAGCUAGCUACUGAAAAAGUCCUAUCUAUUUUUGGUUUUAUCAUUUAAUAUUUUAAAUAAUAAGUUUUUGAUUAGUAGACUAGUAUUCUUAAAUUCGAGUCUUCAUGUUACAUUAAUAAUGUGUGUGAUGGAAUAAAACUCCCCUCUUUCAAUA